GAUAAACGACAAUACACGCCAAGCUUCUGCUUUCUGCUUUCUCGAUAUUGCUACACUUAUUGCAUAUUGCCAUUGUAGCAGGGCGAGCUGCUGCAGCGCGCAAAACGUGAAAUCCCCACAACUGCUAUCCUGGUGAACGCGUUGCACCUAGCGCGCGCAUUUAUGAGCCUAUUCUGCCGGCAACUCAGUCAAAGGUGCCAAGUCACUCGUGAUCUGGUGCUUGGUGGCUUCAGGCAGAGCCAAGUCCUUCCUAGGUUACACCGGGUGAGGAUGACUGCCAGCACAUCCACCAGCACCCCGCCCGCCACAGCGGCCCCUGCGGCCGGCAGCGGGCCAAAGCCUGGUGGCUCGGCAGCGACAACAGUGCCAGGGGGGACAGCUGUCGCUGCCUCGGCCCCUCUGCCCGAGCUGCCCGCUGGUGUGGAGGCCGAGGCGGCACUACUGGCAGCUUUCAGCGAGGCGCCCACAGUCAGCAAGGCGGUGGUGCGCUCGGCGUCAUCUAGCGGCGUGGUGCUGACGGCCACAGUGCAGCAGAGGAACCUCCCUAACAACUCCCAGCGCCGCUACAACAUUAUGGCGGUGCUGCCGGGAGGCGGAGUGGGGCCGGCCGUGGUGGGGCUCCCACAGGAGCUGAAUGCAGACACUCAACUUGUUAGUGUUUCACCUUCAGGCAGCCAGCAGCUGGUGGCGGUCAAGGGGCCGAACGACGCCACCAGUGUGAUGCUGCAGCUGUGGCGGGGUGCCCGGGUUGUGAUUGAGCUGGCGGUGCCCAAGGCGCUGCAUGGGCCGCUGGUCAACGACGGCUACUUCGCCAGCGGGGCGGCCUGGUCGGCGGACGAGACCGCGGUGGUGUACACGGCUGAGACGCCGGCUCCGGAGCGCACCCCCGCCUGGUGCGGCCCGGACUCACUCAAGGACGCAGCUGGGCCGCGCAGCUGGCGAGGCGUCGGAGUUGCAAACGAGGACUGGGGCGAGCUCAACACCGGCAAGCGGCCGCCUGCGCCCUACGUGCUGGACCUGACACGCCGCGAGGUUGUCAAGGUGCCGGGCCUGCCCGAGGAGCACUCCAUCGGCCAGCCCACAUGGUGCCCGCCCACACCGCCCGCGACCGCCACCGCCACUUCUACCUCAGCCAAGCUGAGCCCGGGCACUGACGGCAUUGCAGCCAAGUCCAGCUCCGUAUCCGCAGCCACCACCUCCAGCAGCACGGGCGGCGGGAUCAACGGACUGGUGGUGGUGGCGUGGCCGCACGCCGCGCCCCCGUCAUUCCCCCGCCUGGCGGCGGCCACCUCAGCGCCCCGCAAGUUGGGUGUGGUGUUCUGCUACAACCGCAGUGCCCAUAUGUACCACGUCCGCGUGUCGCGCGGGGCAGACGGGUCGCUGCAGUUCGGCAGCUCGCCCGCCGCCCGCCUGGUGCCCGACCUGGAGAGCUGCCUGAGCCCCACCUUCAGCCCGGCGGGUGACACGCUGGUGUUCGUGUCGCACUCGGAGGCAGUCAGCACCGGCACGCACGGUGCCACUGCUCGCCUGUAUCGCCUGGACUGGUCGGCCCAGACCGGCAGCGUGGCCAGCUCCGGCAGCAAUGAGGGGCUGCGGCUGCUGGUGGAUGUGGUGCAGCGGCCGCAGUCCGCCAACAGCUUCCCGGGGCUCUACACUGCAAACAUUCCGGACGAUGGCUUUGUGGGCCCCCACACUCUACUGCUCACCACUCAGUGGGGCGCGGUCACCUCCAUCGUGGCGAUUGACACGGAGCAGGCCGGCAAUGCGGCCAAGGCACCCGUCGCGCUCACACCGGUGGACACAUCCGCGCCAGGCGCUGCAAGUUGGUCGCUACUGGGAGUGUCCGGGGGCAUGGCGGUGGCGGCGCGCGCUGCGCCGGACUCGCCCACGGACAUCUACGUCGCCCAGCUGCCUGCUGACCCGACAGCCCUGACUGCCGCUGGGUCCGGGCCCCUAGAGUGGCGCCCGCUGGAGUUGGGCACACCAGGGCUAUCUGGGGCCGCAGCAGGGUGCCGGGCAGAGCUGCCGCCGACUGUGCAGGAGGCGCUGGAGGGUCUGGAGUACAAGGUGCUGCGCGUCGUGCCACGUGUGGGUGGCAACCGUGACCCAUUUGAUUGCCUGAUCUGGAUGCCACGGCAGCGCACUGGCCCCCUGCCCGCCGUGGUCGCCCCGCAUGGCGGCCCCCACACGGCCGUGACUCUGGGCUGGUACCCCGCCUACGCCUACCUGGUGGCACUGGGAUAUGCGGUGGUGGUGCCCAACUACCGUGGGAGCACGGGCUAUGGCCAGGCCGCUCUGGCUUCACUGCCGGGGGCCAUUGGCCGGAACGAUGUGGAUGACUGCGUGGCGUCGGUGGAGGCAGCCGUGGCCGAGGGCCUGGUGGACAAGUCACGUGUGUCAGUCGUGGGCGGCUCGCACGGCGGCUUCCUCACUGCCCACCUGCUGGGCCAGCACCCAGCCGCCUUCCGGUCGGGCGUGAUGCGCAACCCGGUCACCAACAUCUCGGCCAUGAUUGCGGCCAGCGACAUCCCCGACUGGUGCUAUGUGGAGGCGCUAGGCAGCGAGGCGGGCCGCCAGCGCUGCGGCCCAGUGCCCUCUCCCGAGGACCUGGCAGCAAUGUACGCGGCCUCACCAGUGGUGUACGUGGACGCCGUCAAGGCGCCCGUUUUCAUGAUGCUGGGUGCCAAGGACCGCCGGGUGCCACCGCCGGACGGGCUGCAGUACCUGUCCGCGCUGAGGGGCCGUGAUGUUGCGGCACAUGGCGCACCGCCGGAGUCUCGGCUAAUUGUGUUCCCAGAGGACUCGCAUGGGCUUGACAAGCCGCAGACAGAGUUUGAGCAGUGGAUCAACGUGGUGUGGUGGCUGAAGCGCUUCUCUACUGCCUGAAGUCGUACCAGACGCCAACGGGCAUCAUGAAGGUUUCCCAUCUACCUGCAAGAGGGCAUAGUGAUGUACAAAGGCAGUAUGUGCAUGGGCCAACCAUGGGUUGGGUGCUAAGGCAGUUCGCUCAGUUGUACUGUACUGUACGCAUAGGUGAAGGCAGGAAGUGUGGUUGCUUUCACCCCAAGCAUCUACAGCCCAACCGAUGGAACAUGUGGACGGUGUGUUUAUCAGAAGCCGUACACGUGUAUGGUGAAGUCACUCAAUCCGUCAUUGGUUCUGGAAUCCCCUGGUGUGAUAAGUGUUUGGUCAUUGCAAGACCACAUUUAUGUUAGGGCGGAAACUGUGCAAGGUCCCAACACAGUUGCACAGUAUGGUGCAAGUAUGCUUGCAGUGCCACACUAGGUAACUGUAUAGGGCAGGCCGGCAGGGCAUUGAUGCAAGGACUUCUGCAGGAGCACAUUGGGGGGCGGGUGUCUAGCCUUUCUACUCCAGCAUUGAUCAGGACUUGCAAUCAUCCAGGGGUAGGUGGCAGCCACUAGCAAGAAGGGCAUGAGCCACAUUCUUGCCCACGGUAACCAUGCUCAGCCCACAAAGGGAGAACGCAACCCCAGAAACGCUCAAUCUACUUCUGACGG